AUGAAAAAACAACAUCAACCGGGGCCCAAAAAAUCACCGAAUACGAAAACAAACAAUAAACGAAGAGAAGCGGAAUGUCGAACCGAAGAGAAAACAGCCAUCGGUGGACCGAAAUCGAAAGCGAUUCCACCGAAAAAACAGCCGAGUAAAGCGUCGAUUAGUGCCGAUAAGAAGGGAUCUUCAACAGAUGUUAAACUGACAAAAAGUAAAUCAAACGUGAAUACAGCAUACGAUAAAACAGUGACCGAGGAGAAGGAGAAGCCGAAAAAGAAGGAGAAAUGGUCGGGAGAAGAAGCGGCGUGUAAAUUCACAAAGGCGUUGAAUUCGGUGAAUAUGAAGGAGGAGUACGAGGAGAUUCAGAAGAUGUCGGUUCAGUCGGAACGGUGCAAGAUUUGGCAAGCACACUCGUCUCGGAACAGGAAUCCGGAUUACAAGUGUUAUGAUGAUAAUCGAGUUAUUGUUCAGAUGUGUAAAAGUGAUUAUAUUAAUGGGACGAAGAUUAAUGUGCCGAAUUUCGCUCCCCUGGUCUACCUAAUCCAACUUCCAAAAGUGGAGACUGUCGACGCGGUGGAAGAAUUCUGGAGAGUCAUAUUCCAAGACCAAUGUCAAUCCCUUCACAUCAUCGCCCGUUCAGAUGAACUUCAGAAUCCGGGAAUCGAGAAAUUAUUCGCUCAAGAGUCGGGUGCCUAUCUCUAUGCCAACGGAUUCUUUAUCAAUACUCGGAAAGUUGAGAAGAAGGAUAGCGGGAAGGCGGAUGUGUUCAUCGUGGAACUUCUUCCAGAAGGAUGUUCGAAUUCUGUAAUGUGCACUGUCUAUAUGCACACUUAUUGGAAACAAUUUACUGGUCCCGAUCGAUUUGGAGCUCAGAUUAAGGCGGCUCAACAGAUUGCGAAGAAUGAACAUGGAACCUCUCCAACUGUAAUUGCUUCUGUGAAUGGAGCAGGCAGAAAUGCUGCUCUUCUUUCGUUGGCGGUCGUUGUGGAUCAGUUGACAAAAGGGAAGGAGCCAAAGAUCAACGACAUUGUCCGCACUAUCCGAGAGCAACGCCCUCUAUCAGUCGAUUCGUUUCCCCAAUACAUUUCUCUGUACCUGGCGACCAAUUGGCUUAUCAAAGCGAAAGUUUCCAGCAACAACACGACGGAAGACAUGAUCUCCAGAAUCAAGAAAUUCAAUGAAAAAGCGACACAAUCUGUGCCGAACUCCACGAUGAAGCAUCCGACUGAAGAAUCGUAG